AAAAUAGUUCAGUUCCAUCUGAGUGGUUAGUGUGUCAAUUGACCAGCAAAAGCAUGGCAGCGCGUCCAAUUUUAUAUUAUGCUCAGUUUAGUCCGCCUUCCAGAGCCUGUCUAUUGACAUCGAAGUUAAUUAAUUUAAAUAUAGAAACGAAAUCAAUUAACUUUGAGAAAAAGGAAAAUCAUAGUGAAUGGUUUCUAAAGAUAAAUCCACGCCAUACAGUACCGGUAUUAGUCGACCGUGGUGUAUCACUUUCCGAUAGUCAUGCAAUCAUAACAUAUUUAGUUGAUCAGUAUGGAAAAGAACAACAUGAGCAUUUAUAUCCAAAAGAUCUGCUUAAGCGCGCUAUCGUAAACGAGCGUUUAUAUUAUGAAAAUGGAGUUUUAUUUCAAGCAGCUAAAGAUUUUGCGGCCAGAAUUUUCUAUGGUGGUGAAAUUUCUUAUAAUAAUCAUAGUAAAAAAUUAUGCCAUAACGCCUAUAAAUUCCUUGACAAAUUUCUAAAUCAUAGCAACUAUGUUGCUGGAGAUCAAUUGACUGUAGCCGAUGUAUCUAUUAAUACCUCUUUAAUAACAUUGGAUAAAUUGGUGCCAGUGGAAGAGCAACGAUAUCCAAAAAUUCAUACUUGGAUGCAACGUAUGAAGAAUGAGCUGCCGGACUAUAAAAUGAAUGAAGCUGGAGCUCAACAAUUGUUUCAACGUUUCGAGGAUUCACUUGUUGAGAAUAUGACAAAACAUGGUCUGUUGUUUUCAUUUUUUGUUUUUAUUUCAAUUGAGCAUUCACUUGCGAUGGUUAAGCCGUGUUUGUAUUUUGCAUUAUUUAGUCCGCCGGCGCGUGCUUGUCUGAUAACGGCAAAAUUGAUUGGAUUGGAUAUAGACGUAAAACAUGUUAAUUUUGCACAAAAAGAACAUUUAAGUGAUGACUUUAUAAAGUUAAAUCCACAACAUCAAGUGCCGAUAUUUGUUGAUGACGAUAAUGAAAUUUAUGUUGACAGUCAUGCCAUCAUCUGCUUUAUGGUUUCUAAAUAUGCUAAAGACGACAGUUUGUAUCCGACGAAUUUAACACAGCGCGCAAGAGUUGAUCAUCGCUUACACUUCGAAAAUGGAGUAUUAUUUCAAGUUAUUAAGGACUUGGUGGCGCGUAACAUUUACGGUGGAGAAGGCGAGUUCAAUCAAAAAUCUUUAGAUAUGUGCCAGAAUGCCUACGGUUUUCUUGAGAGCUUCUUGCAAAAUGGAAAAUAUGUUGUCGGUAAUACGAUGACAGUUGCUGAUAUAUCGAUAAACACAACUUUGAUCACCUUAAAUAUGUUAAUACCAGUAGAUCAAACAAGAUAUCCAAAUAUUGUCGCAUGGAUGGAACUUAUGAAAAGUUUACCUGACUAUGAAGAUAUAAAUGUGAAGGGUGCUGAUGCUUUAUAUAAACGUAUUAUAACGGUGAUGGCUGAAAAUAAAAAUAAAUCAAAUUAA